AUGAGCGCGGAAGACGAGAACCUGGGGCCCCUUGUCCGGCUAUGGGGCCUCCGGACGGAGCAGCUCCCGGCGCCGAGCGCCACAACCGCCGACUUGGCGCCGUUCCUCAUCGCCGUGCUGCAGGAGGCCGUCCCCUUCAUCGACGCCGUCGCGCCCAAGGACGGCACGGCGCGACCGGCCGAGUGGAAGGCCAAGGGCACCAAGUCGUACCCGGAGUCGACGGCGCAGGUCGAGCUCUACGAGCGCGUGAUCCCCGCCGCGGAGCUCGAGAAGGAGGCCGCGAGGAAUUCUAUGUCGAACGGCGUCGCCGCGCCCGAGACGUGGGCUUGUCGGAGGAGCAUCCACAAAGACAGGCCCGGCAAGGGGACGGCGGCAUGGGAGGAGUUUGUGAAGUGCUUCAAGGAGGACCACGUCGAGGCGGAGAAGGCGUUUACGCCGAACAUCGUGGCGGCGAGGGAGGCGCUGGCGUGGGAUUGCGCCGGGGUCAGUGUUGAGGAGGGCGGUUUGGUUUGGGAGGAGUUCAAAGUGGGCGUGUUUGAGAUUCAGCACAAGCUCGGGAUGCCGCUCAAGAACCGCGUGUUUCCUGAGCUGAUCAUUUCGGCCAAGGCGAAGGAUGUCGACGAGUUCAUCGUGAUCUCGGUCCCUAUAGCAGACCUAGGGGCGGCAGAAUACGGUGGACUUGUCAAGGAAAAGGGGGUUGUCGUCGGGGCGUACGUCAGUGUUGAGAGGGUGAGGAAGACACCGACGGGCGCCAUCGAAUGGAUCAUGGCGACUGCGUCGGACGCCAAGGGAGUCCUGCCUGCUUGGAUCCAGGCUAAAGCGGUCAUUGGGGUUGUUGCUAAGGAUGUGGCACUCUUUCUGGGAUGGAUUGCCGAGGAACGUGAGAAGGGGACGAGUGUGGGCAAGUGGACAGCCGUCAAGGGCAACAGGAGCGACACCAACCGCAGGUCGACUGCCAUGGAUGACGGAGAGUCGUCUUCGCAAAGAAGGAACUCGAGGCAGGGGCUGUCAUCGAGGCACGGGCAGGAGUCAGGGUCAGGAACAAAUGGGGCGAGGGCAGGUACGAACGGUGCACACGUGUAA